AUGGUUGGAAUUGUCCUGAUUGUUGAGGUUGGUAUUGUGGUUGGAAUUGUCCUGAUUGUUGAGGUUGGUAUUGUGAUUGGAAUGCUCCUGAUUGUUGAGGUUGGUAUUGUUGUUGGAAUUGUGCUGAUUGUUGAGGUUGGUAUCGUGGUUGGGGUUGUCCUGAUUGGUAAGCUUGGUAUUGUGGCUUGA